ACCAGUGGUGAAACAAAUGCCGAAGGCCGUCUUGGAUGCACGUGGGCAGGCGUGAGUGACAUGGAAGGCCCAGCAGACCCGCGAGAAUCAGGGCACAUAUUACUGACCAAAAAGAAGACUGUAUCAGCCAAUUCUCUGCAACAACAGAUCCUCUCACUGGAGAGACAGAGACGAGAGCUUCUGGAGGUGAACAAGCAAUGGGAUCAUCAAUUUAGAAAUAUGAAACAGCUUUAUGAAAAACAGCUGACAGAAAUGAAAGCAAAACUGGAUGUGUCAGAGAGGCGAGUCAGUGAGCUGGAGGAAGACAGACGUCGGCAGCAUCCAGAAGAUUCAAGGUUGCAAGCGCUGGGCAGAGAGAGGCCGUUGCAGGAAACGAAAGAAACAAAGGUCCUUAGUGAAGCUCUCCAUGAAAUAAAGGAAGAGAACAAGCUCCUGAAGCAGAAGAAUGCCUCAGUGAUCAGAAAGAACGAACACUAUGAGUGUGAAAUAAGUCGUCUCAAUAAGGCCCUUCUGGAUGUGUUGAAAAAGCAGCCCUCAACUGUUCUUGGUGCUCCUUCAGAGAAGUGUGACAAGAAGAGCCUUGAGGACAUGAGAAUCCAACUUGAAGUUCUCAGACAGCAGGUACAAAUAUAUGAAGAAGACUUCAGAAAGGAGAGAUCUGACAGAGAAAGGCUUAAUGAGGAGAAAGAAGCAUUGCAGAAAAUUAAUGAGAGAUUGCAGUCUCAACUGAAUAAAGUAAACUCUCAGGCAAAAGACCUCCCGGUACAGUCUGAGAGGCCCAGCUGCCCACCUCCACUCUUCCUCUCACCAUGUGUUAAUUAUGGGAGUUGUGGGUUGGUUCUUCAUUAUCAAGAUCCUCGAGUAUGUCCAGUAUCUCGCAGGGCACAUGAGCAGCAACAGCACUCACCAGAGUAUCAGUGGUAUGUUCCUGACCAGCUUCCGCCAGAUGUGCAGCACAAGGCAAAUGAUUCAUCCCCGGAGAAGGGAGCCCAUCGCUGA